AUGGAAAAAAACGACAUUAACAGUAUCGAAAGUAUCAGCCUUAGGUCGAGGCUCGAGACGAGCGGAGGGCUGGUGGAGUGCUGGACGGCGCUGCUGGAGCUAAAGUCGUGCUCGAACGAGAUCGUGCUCUUCUUCCUCGAUGGCCAGGCCAGCAUUGGCGGUGAUUGCUGCCGCGCCAUUGUCUUCAUCACUCGUAGCUGCUGGCCCGCCAUGCUCACUUCUCUAGGGUUUACCGUACAGGAAGGCGAUUUUCUCCGCGGCUUCUGUGACGCCCUUGAGACUCACGCGCCGCCACCGCCGCUUGGCCCUUCUCCCGCUCCGCUUGCUGACCCCACGCCUGUGGCCGGUGAUGAUCUAGUCAAACUGCCCACUCUGUUGGAUUAA